CAACCAGGCAAGCUGCCCUUGCUGCCCGCUAGUGAGGCGGCGAAAGUGCCAUUCAUUCAAACUCUCUAACUGUCGUGGGGUUUCCAAACAGCAAACGUUGUUUGCGCCCGAACCGAACCCGCCGAGCACCUUUUUUCUCGAAGGUCGGCCCUUUUCCUCCAUAUCUAUCUGACGUGAAGAGGAUAAAUAUAUACUUGCGCAAACAUCACACAAACCAUACGCGACCUCGCACCUCCAUCACCAAACGUACGCCAACCAGCUGCACUCUACAGGAUAUCGCGUCGCCACCAAAUUCCAUUCCAAGAACUAUAUCGCCAAGAGCAGGUCACACUACAGCCGCUAGCGAAAUGGAUGGCUCAGAGGAACACCCCGCCCCACCUGAUCGCAAGCAACGAAAAUCAGUCGUCUUCAACUCGGAAGCAAUAGUCGUUGAAGCAGACGGAAAAUUGACCACCAUGGCUUCCACCGAAGUGGCCCAAGACUCCGCCAUGUCCCACGCACCCACUCCGGUCGAGGACGCCCCCGCCGAGGAAGUUGCCAUUGACUUGUCGACCCUCAAGAAGAAAAAGAAGAAGGUCAAGAAGACCGAGGAUGGCGAAGAGGGCGAGGCUGCCACUGGCGCCGACGGUGCCGCGGAUGCCGUGGACCUCACGAUGAAGAAGAAGAAAAAGAAGAAGGCGCCCAAGGAGGAAGGUGGCGACGAUUUGGCCGCCAAGCUAGCAGCUCUCGAGUUGCAGAACGAGGGUGGUGAGGGUGAUGCGCCCGCAGAGGUACUUGAUGAGCAAGCAGGCGACAUGAACAAGGGCACCGGCAUUUGGGCCCACGACGAGACGAAGCCUAUUGCCUACGGAAACAUGCUCAUCCGCUUCUUCGACCUGCUGGCCCAGAAGAACCCUGACCACGCCUCGAGCAGCUCCAAGAGCUACAAGAUCCCGCCUCCGCAAUGUCUGCGUGAAGGAAACAAGAAGACCAUCUUUGCCAACAUCCAAGAGAUUUGCCAUCGCAUGAAGCGAACCGAAGAGCACGUAACAGCUUACUUGUUCGCUGAGUUGGGUACGAGCGGUUCCGUUGACGGAAGCAGACGCCUCGUCAUCAAAGGUCGAUUCCAGCAGAAGCAGAUCGAGUCUAUGUUGCGGAAGUACAUCAUGGAGUAUGUGACUUGUAAGACGUGCCGAUCUCCCGAUACGGAGCUCAGCAAGGGUGAGAACCGUCUGUACUUCAUUACCUGCAACCAAUGCGGUUCUCGUCGGUCAGUCACAGCCAUCAAGACUGGUUUCUCGGCCCAGGUCGGAAAGAGACGGAAGAUGCAAGCAUAAGCUGGAGCUGUACAUACUGGAAGCAAGAACAACACGAAAGGAUGCGCUGGAGAUGCCAAGUUUGCGAGCACGCUUGGUUAGGCUGGAUGUGGUCAUGUUUGCUAAAAGGCAGUGUGCGGCACAAGGCAGAAUGCAGCAUAGGGUCAUGGGUCAUUAUGCUACACGCGUGGGAUGUUCGCGGCUUUCAUAACAGCAGUAGAUUCACAUUGAUAAUGACAGGGCGUUUGCUGCUUUGUUUCUGGACUCUCUACCAGCUUGCCUAAUGGUGAACAGACUGGAUGGGUCGGCAAAUUCGAUAUCACAAACAUUGGGUGAUAUCACUUGCAUUUGAUGGCGCAAGUACCCACCCUCAAUGAUAAGAGGUUAAUUUUGAAGCCCCGACACUCAUCAGACCGUGCGUUUCUACA